GCACAUCUGUCGACGGUGCUAUCGCUUCCGCGCAUGCGCCCUGGUAUAAUUUUGCACGUAGGAGAGAGUAUCGACCAGUUGAAAGCGUGAGAUAAAGAUGGAAAACGUAUCGUACAGUCGAGUCUGCCGUUAUUCGAGGCAACCACGAUCGUUCAUUUUCUGAAGCUAUCCAAGUGCAGUUUCGUCACAAGGGUUUCCGAAAAAUAUCAACAUUUUCAAUUACAAGCUCAUUCCAGGACUUUCCCUACGGAAGUUAGCCACACUCGAAUAGACGAGCAAAGGUUAGCUGAAGCGAUUUCCCUCGAAGUAACGUCGAAAACAGGGAUAUUCCUCACACGCGCGUCGUCAGCGUCGUUGUGUAGUUGUUGUCGUCGUAAAUGAUUCGCUGUGACCACACGAGUUCGCAAUCUCACGAGUGGGUCAAGUGUACAGUACUGACAGUGAUUAUGGAAGCGGCCGACUCCCAAAAGAACUUGGCCUAUUCUGUGAGUCGGUGAACUACAUUCCUUUGCCACAUAAUUGUUCACCUGCAUCGCAAGCGCCUAUUCAUUUCCCGCUCGUCGUUCUCGCAGUAGUAUUGAGACGACGGUUGAUGAUAUGGCUUGCAUCAGCGAGCUGUCGCAAUCCCAGGAAUACCUGAGCUUUCGCAGUUCGAUCCCUCUGAGAAAAAUUGUUGUCGAUUCGGACGGUACGAAGGGAUGGAAGGUCUACGAUUCGGGGCCAAAAACUGUGAGAUGUCCAUUAAUCUGUCUUCCCCCGGUCAGCGGAACUGCGGAUAUUUUCUUCAAGCAAAUCAUGGGAUUGGCCGCCAAAGGAUAUCGCGUUAUCGCUGCGGAACCACCGGUGUAUUGGAACGUGAAAGAAUGGUGCGAAGGUUUCAGAAAACUCCUCGAUUACAUGGAACUCGACAGGGUACAUUUGUACGGAGCGUCUCUCGGUGGUUUCCUCGCGCAAAAAUUUGCAGAAGUCAAUUCUCAUUGCCCACGGGUCCAGUCCAUGGUCCUGUGCAACACCUUCACGGACACAUCUGUAUUCAGCUAUAACGAUUCUGCUGCCGUAUUUUGGAUACUGCCUUCUCUAGUACUGAAGAAAAUGGUGAUGGGAAACUUCGCUGCUCAAAAGGCCGACCCGGAGAUCGUUGACGCCAUUGAUUUCAUGGUCGAACGGUUGGAAAGCUUGACCCAGCCGGAGUUGGCCUCUCGCCUAACAAUGAACUGCGUCAGCUGCUACGUCCAGCCACAAAAAAUAUCACAUCUCCCGAUAACAAUAAUCGACGUAUUCGACGAGUACGCGUUGUCGAACGUAGUCAGGGAAGAGACUUACAAAUGUUAUCCAAACGCUAAACUUGCCCACCUUAAGAGCGGAGGGAACUUUCCAUACCUUAGCCGAUCGCCAGAAGUCAAUCUACACCUCCAAAUCCAUUUAAGACAGUUCAACAAUACCGGAUACGAUGCUGCGGAGAGAUACGGGAAGGUCUAGAUAUUCGGAAAUUGGGAAAACGAUCAAAAUAUCACGGGAAGAUGUCGAGACGACAGUGGAGAAGAAUGAUGCGCAGCCAAGUACCUACCGUUUUUCCGUACGACGACACUUGGAAGAAACAUAACGUGAUAAUAUGUCUUGAUAAAGUUGACACAUCAGAUUAUUGCUGUUUUUGAUAAUACGUUGCAUAACGAUGGCGAGAUAUGAGUUGGCCAUUAAUUGUAAGACUACGGCUGCCAUGGUAAAUCGUCACACGCAAGAUUACGAAUAUUAUACCGCCGUAUGCAGGCGUAUGUACGUAAAGGUGGCGUGGCGUCGAUAAUUGGGAAAGUCAGAGGGAAACGUUUUGUUCUCGAUAGAAGCUUAAACAUUAUUUAUCACGCAAGAUACAUGUCGCGAGAGCAGAACUUGAAAGUUAUUUGUUACGUGCAAUAUGUUUGAAAUUAUUUGUAUUCACCGUGUUAUGCCAGUAAACGCAUUUGGUAUAUCA